GUCGCCUCGCGGCCGCAGCCCCGGAGCAGGAAUCCAGCGCGGAGAGGAGGAGAGAAGCGCGUGUAUGUGUGUGGACCAGACGGUCUCCUCCCCCCACCUUGAACGCACUCCCCACACUCUCUCUACACCCCCCCCUCUCCUCCUACACAUGCCUUUGUGUGUGUGUGUGUGUGUGUGUGUGUGUGUGUGUGUGUGUGUGUGUGCCCGCUGUGUAGCUGACUCGCGUACCCGAAAACCGUGUGACAGAUGAGAUUUUUCCGGAGAAGAAGCUUUUUCCUUUUUUGGAGAGGGUGUGUUUUUAAAUCCGUUAGUGUAUUAUAUUCUUUUUGAAGACAAAAAAAAAGAGAAGAAAGAAAAAACUUGCAGGUCGAAAGUGAGAGAAGAGAGAAACCGGGCGGACGCACGUGAGUCUCACGCGUGUCCACAGGCGGGACACAGAAAGGAAGAAACGCGCAUCCAGCAAGUGCCGCAAAUUGGACUUUCCAGCAUCAGCAACCCUCCCCUCUCUCCCCUCUCUCCCCUCUCUCGCCAUCCCCGCUCCUCCUCCCUAGGUCUCCCCACUUUCUCCCACCCAGCCUCGUCGCUCCAGCUCUCCUUAAGGGAUCCCAAAAUAGCCUCGCUCCGGAGUGCUGCCUGGAUAUUGUUGCAUUGGGGUGAGGUGGGGGGAGGAGGGGGGGGUGCUGGUUUUCCGAUCUCGGGGUGACUCGGAAGGGGUGAAAGGGAAAGAGAGAGAGAGAGAGACGCUGGAGAUGGAUUAAAGGGACGUUGCGCCGCAAAACUGGAGCAGCACGCGCGAGCACGCCGGGGGGGAAGGGGGCGACGGGACUCGGUGAAUUCACGGAGCCCCCGGGACAGAGGCCUUGAAUGGUCCCACCCCAAGAUGACUUCCCCCAAAAACAAAGCCAAGAAGAAACAACCCAAAGACAGCAUGACGAUGCUGCCAUGCUUUUAUUUUGUAGAGCUUCCCAUCGUCCUGUCCUCCUUGGUGUCCUUGUACUUCCUGGAGCUGACAGAUGUGUUGUCCCCGGCGACGGUGGGCUUCCGUUGCCACGACCGUGAACUGUCCAUGCCCUACGUGGAGACCGGUGACGAGCUCAUCCCUCUGCUGAUGCUGCUGAGUCUGGCCUUUGCUGGUCCUGCAGCGUCCAUCAUGAUGGGGGAGGCCCUGACGUACUGCUUGCAGUCCAAACUGAAGACAUGUCCCAAGUCGGAGAGCAGCAUCAACGCUGGAGGCUGCAGCUUCAACUCCUUCCUACGCAGAACCGUGCGCUUCGUCGGUGUUCACGUGUUUGGUCUCCUGGCAACAGCCCUGGUGACAGAUGUCAUCCAGCUAGCUACCGGUUACCACUCCCCUUUCUUCCUCACCGUCUGCCAGCCCAAUUACACGACUCCGGGGGUCUCAUGUGAAAAUAAUGCCUACAUCACACGGGACAUUUGUAUGGGGAAAGACCAAUAUGCCAUCUUGUCAGCCAGGAAAACAUUUCCAUCCCAGCAUGCAACGCUCUCUGGCUUCGCAGCUGUCUAUAUCUCCAUGUAUUUCAGCGCCAGCAUCAGCAGCACAACCAAGCUUCUGAAGCCGCUGCUGGUGUUUGCUUUCUGCAUGGCGGCGGGCCUCGCCGGGCUGACGCAGAUAACUCAACACCGCAGCCACCCGAUAGACGUCUACGUGGGAUACGUCAUAGGAGCCGGCAUCGGCGUCUACCUGGCUGUGUUUGCAGUUGGAAACUUCAAAGCAUCGGACGAAGAUGCUCCCUCUUUGCAAAGACUGGCCCCAGCUCAGCAGAAGGACGGCGGCCUGCGGGUGCUGAGCCAGCGGAGCCAUGAUUCCCUGUACAGGAAGACUCCCAGGGUGUCUGAGAGCAGGGAGGAGCUGGGGGCGGGGCUGAGGUCGGGCGCUCGCUGUAAGGUCAGGAGGGAAAAGGCCUCCUUGGCCUCCCUCAAGCGAGCUAGUGCCGACGUGGAGCUGCUGGCAACCCGCGGCCCCAUGGGCAAGGAAACCAUGGUAACCUUCAGCAACACCUUGCCGCGGGUCGCAAACGGCAACAGCCCCAUCUCCCCCUCGGAUGAGCUCCCCGCCACUCAGCGUCACAUGACCUUCCACGUGCCCUUUGACUCCCAGAGGUCUAGGCAGCUGGUGUCAGAGUGGAGGCAGCGCUCGCUGGAGCUCCGCAGCCAGAGCUCACAAGACGACGAGGAGGGAAUCGACGGCAGGGACAGAGGAGACGACAGAGGGGUGGCGGCGGGAGAAGGAGAGCAGGAGAUGCCUUCGUCGCUUUAUCCCACCGUGCAAGCCAACAAGGGCGCCGCCACGCCGACGGCGGCCAGGAUGGUGGUGGCGCCCCCGCUGGUUCACAUCCCCGAGGAGGCCUCCCGUCCGCCGCCUGUCUCCCCGAAGAGCGCCAAGACCCGCGCCAAGUGGCUGACGCUCACCGAGGGAGGAGCGGUGAAAGAGCCGGGACCAGGGCCGAUCCCGGUGUCGACUCCCCGCGUGCCCAACACGCAGCCCAGCCAGCCGCCCAGCCAGCAGAGAGUCACUCAGGUGAUAGCCAUGUCCAAGCAGCAGGGUCACGGAGUCACGUCGUCCGCCAAGACGUCAGAAGGCGGCUCCUCCUCCGGCGGCGGGUCCAACUGCUCCGAGUCGCCGUACUACCGGAUCCCCGCCGAUCGAGACAGCUGCACGGGGAGCAACCCGGGGAGCAUCGCCGGCAGUGGGAGCAUCGUCACGAUCGACGCUCACGCCCCGCACCACCCGGUGGUGCGCGUGUCUCCCGCUAACGGCAAGCCGUGGGAGUGGAGGAACACCAUCAGCGGCAACAUGAUGGCCGUCGACACGGCGGGGGACAAACACCGCAUGUCGCUGCAGCGACAGGACAACGUCCACCACUACCGGGAUUACCGGACGCUCCCCGUGAAAACGGACUCGCUCUGCUCCUCCGAAGCGGGAGCGGAGUUGCCUCCUCCGCCUCUCCCCAUCUCCUCCUCCCCUCUGCCUCACCCUCCUCGCCUGUCAUCGUCCCCUCUACCGCCACCGCCGCCCCACUCGUCUACUUCACCCUUGCCUCCCCCUCCUCACCCGAGCUCCUCUCCAAUGCUUGCCCCGCUCCCUCACCCCGCUUCCUCUCACAUGCCUCCCCCUCCGCACCUGUCCUCUCAGAUGGCCCCGCCUCCCCUGCCACCGUCCUCUCAGAUGGCCCCGCCUCCUCACCCGUUAUCCUCUCAAAUGCCUCCGCCUCCUCACCCGUUAUCCUCUCAAAUGCCACCGCCUCCACCCCCCUCCUCCUGCCAAAUGCCCCAAGCUCCUCGCCCGUUCUCCUGUCAAUUGCCCCCGCCGCCACACCCAUCUCUUUCCCCUUUGCCACCGCCACCGCACCCGGCAUCCUCCAUGCCUCCGCCUCCCCACCCGUCCUGCUCCAGCAUGCUUCCCCCUCCUCCCCAUCCCGACUUGCUGAUGGACAGCCACAGCCACGCGCUGUCCCGCUCCUCCACCCUGCCCCGCCGGCCCUCCGUCUCCGCCCGCAGCCACGCUGAGCAGGAGCACUACUACAAGGCGAUGCAGAACGAGAGGAUGUUAUAGUAAAGACGUCGUUGUCAUGACAAUGAUCGUACUUCAACCAUAGGAGGUCGUGGCAGGUGAAGAGAGAUUUAGGACUUUUGAAAAAAGGACAUAAAAGGUUCAGAGACAAAAUGCUGUAAAUGAAGAGGCAGCGGGGGGGGCAGAGGAUCAUAGGGGUUGGCGGUUGGGGGGGCCUGGCAGCUCACACGCACUCAGCAGGGGGUCUCAUUUACUCCUGCUCACAUGUACCGCCCACAGCGCCGGCUAAGCAGGUUCUGACUAGGAAAAGAACACACAAGAAAAGAAAAGGGCAGUUUCCAGGAGCAGGUUGAAGAUUUAAAAAACCCUGUUCACCUAGUUUCAACACGCACAUCCUCUGUGUUUCUUUAAGGCACGUUCAGAGGAAGAGUGGAAGACGCUGCAGCUGAAAGAGAGAUAUCACAAUGAACGUUCUGGGCUUUGGUAAAUCCGGUUUUCCCUUGAUAACAGGACUGAGGAAACAAAACAACUACAGGAGUGAUAUCUCUCCUUAAACUAACAGCUGUUUGAGAAUGUUCACAAAGAAAAUAAUGCAUUGACUUUUAAGUACAGGAUGAAGAAUGCAACCCACACCGGCAUCCCCGUCCUUUGACCACUCCGAAUACACAAACCGAAUGGGAAAGUUCAUACCUCACGCCAAGCAAAUCUGUCAGCCUCCACCAGACUGAGCAGGAAUAGGAAGCGUUGCUCUCUGGUUUUGGUGUGAGAAGGCGGAGGAGGAGGAGGAGGAGGAAGAGGAGGAGGGGAAGGGGAUGGCAUAAGGAGGAUCACUCACAGUUGGGCACCCCUAUACAGACGUCACUGAAUGGAUUACUGUUGUAAACAUGAGAGGCGGUGGAAUGGAAGGAGGAUUGUUCCUGAAGCGCAGAGGGGCUGCUGGGCCGAGCAGCACAGCGAGCCUGUCUGUCUGUCUGUCUGUCUGCCACGGAGUCCGAAGCAUCGCAGAGGAGAUUAACGUUCGUUUAUCAAACCAUGCUUGCACACUAUUCCGUAUGCAGAGCAUCGCAUUUGGACCUCUGGCAAAUAUAAUUGCUAAUGGACAGCUGCCUAGCCAAUAGUAGAGCCCAUCAUCAUCAUCAUCAUCAUCAUCAGCGACAUGCACAUUGGCUCAAGCAGUCUGUUCGUACGUGUUUGAUUGUGGUACCACUUAGUAACCACGCACACUUCAUCAGGGGUUUGUUUGUGCGUCAUAGAUCAGAAUAAGGUAUUUUGUAGUCAUGUUUUCUUAUCUGCAGAAAUACCUUCUGUCUUUUUAUCUACAGUAGCCAUUUAAUUUUUCAGCUCCGCUGAAGAGUUAAUACAAUAUUUACACACUUACGAUUCUUUAUUCAUCCGCGUAUUCCAUCUAUUACCCGAACCUGUUUAUAACGAGACAAUGCCAGUCGGUCACACGGAUGCCCUUAUUUGUGGAAGCCUUAUUAGAAAGUGACGCCACCAAAGAACCAACACAAACCCCCGACGGGGCAGCGAAAACCUGAAACAGACAAAAGAAUCCUGAAGCUUUUCACCCACGUGUCAGUCGUCAUCAGCAGAUCCUGUUUGCUCAGUUGUGCAUCUCCUGAUGCGGCUCAUGCAGUGCAGUCAAGAGGUUGGUGGUAAACCUCCAGUUGAUUGGUUCAGCCAGCUGAUGCUUUAUACAGCAGGUGACCAAUGUGCUUACCGCUUCAAUGUAAGCCACUAGGUUUAGACAUUUUUAAACAAAAACGAUUGAUGAUUAACCAUAAACUGAAUCUAAUAUUAACUGAUGAGGAAUAUAAUCAGAAACACGCGUCCAUCCCUUCUUCCUGUUCCCUCCUGCUACUUGUUCUAUUUAAACAGCGUUGUAUAUAGUUGUUACGUGUUAAUUAUCGUUUCAUACAUCAAGUUUUUUAUAACUAUAAAAAUAUUACUUCCAAUGACAGGUGCUUCAAUUCAGAUUGCACCGUGAUGAUUUUUUAACGAAAUAUUUAAAAACAUGGUAGAGUUGGUUGUAAGCCACGAACCUACACCUGACGUGGUGCUGUAGGCUCAGUGAAACAGCUCGUGUUCGGUAGUGGAGCUCCUCACACGGGGAGCUGCUAGAUGAUGUCACUUGUCGGUUUGUGCUGCAUGUGUGUAAGAGCGUGUUUUUUAGCGUUAAUUCUGUGGUUCGAGUCUGCUCUGUUAACUUCGACGGACAGACGGGCUGCAUUUUUUAGUACUGGUGAUAAUCGUUCUACUUCCCUCCCAUUUUGACUGUAAAAAUACUUGUUAUUACCAUACAUUAUUAAUGCUAAUAUUAUUCUGCAGUCCUCUUUUAUGGGCUGAUGUUUUUCUAUCUGUGGUGAUGUGUAACAUUAAUAACUCUCAUUGAAUAAAAAACAAAGACUUCAUAA